AUGCCCGCAGCUCUCUCUCACCCCGCUAUCAAGGACGGAUGGUUCCGCGAAAUCAACUCGCAAUGGCCUGGCCAGGCUAUGACCCUCAAGGUCAAGCAGAUCCUACAUGUCGAGAAGUCGCUGUUCCAGGAUGUCCUUGUCUUCCAGUCCGAGACGUACGGGAACGUCCUUGUCCUCGACAGCGUCAUCCAGUGCACUGAGCGGGACGAAUUCUCGUACCAGGAGAUGAUUGCCCACCUUCCCCUCGCUUCCCACCCCAACCCCAAGAACGUCCUCGUCAUCGGCGGUGGAGACGGAGGUGUCAUCCGUGAGGUGCUCAAGCACAAGUCGGUCGAGAAGGUCACCCUCUGUGACAUUGACGAAGCCGUCAUCCGCGUUUCCAAGAUCUACCUUCCCAACAUGUCCGCCUGCUACGCCGACAAGCGUGUCGAGGUUUUCAUCGGUGACGGCUUCAAGUUCCUCCCCGAGCACAAGGACGAGUACGAUGUCAUCAUCACCGACUCGUCUGACCCGGUCGGUCCUGCCGAGGCGCUCUUCAAGAAGCCCUACUACGAGCUUCUCAAGGAGUCGCUGAAGGAGGGUGGACACGUUUCGACCCAGGCCGAGAGUGUCUGGCUCCACAUGAGCUUGAUCAAGGAGUUCAUGGGGACUUGCAAGAAGCUCUUCCCGGUCGCUGAGUACGCGACUAUCAGUAUCCCCACCUACCCUGCCGGCCAGAUGGGUAUCAUGGUCUGCUCCAAGGACUCCCAGCGGGACGUCAAGCUCCCCCUCCGCCCCGUUCCCGACUGCAAGUACUAUUCUGCAGACGUACACCGCGGAGCGUUCCUCUCGGUCCCCGAGUUCGCCCGCGCCAUGCUCAACGAGAACACCAACAUCCUCCCCAAGUUCUCCGGCGCCGGUACCAGUUCCAAGGAGACCACCAAGAAGAAGGUCCUUCUCCUCGGUUCCGGUCUUGUCGCUGAGCCCGCUGCCAAGUACAUCACCGACCUCAAUCACGAGCUCACUAUUGCUUGCCGGACAUACGAGAGCGCCGAGAAGCUCGCUAGCGGUCUCAAGAACGCCACACCCGUCAGCGUGGACGUUUCGAGCCAGGACGCGCUCCGCCAGGCCAUCAAGGGACACGAUGUCGUCGUUUCCCUCGUUCCCUACACCCACCACGCUGCGGUCAUGAAGGCUGCUCUGGCCGAGAAGGUCCACGUGGUGACCACUUCAUACGUCAACCCUCAGAUGCGCGCUUUGGACCAGGAGUUCAAGGACGCUGGUUUGAUCUGCUUCAACGAGAUCGGUGUUGACCCCGGAGUGGACCACUUGUGGGCCAUCAAGACCAUCGACGAGGUGCACCAGGCCGGCGGCAAGAUCAAGAGCUUCUACUCGUACUGCGGUGGUCUCCCGGAGCCCGCUGCAUCCGACAACGCUCUCGGCUACAAGUUCUCCUGGUCCCCCGCUGGUGUGCUGAUGGCGCUCAACAACGACGGCAAGUACCUCAAGGACGGCCAGAUCGCCGAGGUCUCCGGCGACAAGCUCAUGUCAUCCGCCAAGCCAUACUACUUCUCCCCCGCUUACAACCUUGUCUGCUACCCCAACCGUGACUCGUCCACUUUCAGAGAGUUCUACAACAUGCCCGAAGUCCAGAACUUGGUCCGCGGGACAAUGAGGUACGGUGGCUUCUGCGAGGUCGUCGAGGCAUGGAAGGAGCUCGGCUUCCUCAGCGACGCCAACGUCGACUACCUCGCCAAGGACGCGAAGCCCAUGAAGUGGGUCGAGUUGACCGCCAAGCUGGUCGGUACCGACGCCAACGAGGACGCCAUCAUCUCCAAGCUCAAGACCCUCAAAUCCUUCCCCGCCGACCAGCAGCGCAUCCUCCUCUCCAAGUUCCGCCAGCUCGGCCUCUUCUCCGAGGAGCCCAUCAAGCCCCGCGGGUCCGUCAUGCGCACCCUCUCGGCCCGCCUCGAGGACACCUGCCAGUUCCAGGAGGGCGAGGUCGACAUUGUGCUCUUGCAGCACACGUUCGAGAUUAUCCGCGCCGACGGCAAGGAGGAGACCAUUACUUCUACUCUCGAGGCGUACGGAGACAGGAACGGCGGUCAGCAGGCGAUGGCCAAGCUCGUCGGUGUGCCGUGCGGUAUGGCCGUGGCGUUCAUCCUUGAGGGUGUAUUGACCAAGCCGGGUGUGCACGCUCCUUACGAUGAAGAGACCUGCAAGCUGUUCCGUGACCGCUUGGAGAAGGAGGAGGGUAUUACCAUGGUUGAGCGGACCGUUUAA